UUUUUUCAGUAAAGUUUACUUUUAAAUAGUAUAUAAGACGGCUUGUUGUUUUGAUAAUGAUCAAAAAGGUUGUUAAUUUUUCAUUUUGAUUUUAUAAAAUGGCCGAUCCGUACACUUUAGUGAAAGGUGGAAAAUUGAAGUUCAAGAAGGGAAAAAAUAAAAAGUUAAAAGGAAUGAAAGAUAGUGCCACUGCUAAAACAUCAAGUGAGACCAACCAAGAUGAACUGGCUAAUCAAAGAGAGGACACAUUGAAACAUGGUGGCUGGUGGAAGAUAGAAUCAUUUUUACAGUGCACUGGGGCAGUGGCCAUAGAGGUCGGGGCCACGAACAGGUACGUCCAGGCUCUUGACAGUGGGCUGUUCUGUCUUGGAAAUGAGCAUAGUUUAGGUGAAGGGCCUGAGGCUGAAGAGAUUUUGACAGCAAUGAAGACGACAGAUUCACACAUUGCCCUGAAAUCAGGCUACAACAAAUAUCUUAGUGUUCAGUCAGAUGGUAAGGUCGUUGGUAGGUCAGACGCCAUUUCAAGUAAAGAACAAUGGCAGCCUAUAUUUCAAGAUGGCAAGAUGGCCUUACUUGGCUGCAACGAUUGUUUCCUGACCAUGCCAGAAGAUGGUGGCAAGCUGUUUUGUAAGAGUAAAACAGCAACUGACAAGGAGUACAUACAGAUGAGAUCUUGCACAAAGAUUGAGAAGCCAAAAUCUGAACUGGACAUCGACAGUGGGAAGAUUAAAGAUGUCGAAUUAUCUUACGUGAAAAAAUAUCAAAGUUUUGAAGACAGACAUAUUAAAGUGAACCCUGACGAUAAGAAAAUCGUUAAAAAAGCCAGGAUCGAAGGAUCAUUACAUGAAACUUUACUUGAUAGAAGAGAAAAAAUGAAGUCUGACAAGUUCUGUAAAUAAACAGCCUCAUAAAAUAACAAAAUGGAUAAUGACAGUUUAAAAACUAUUUUUUUUAUUGUUUUUUAUCACUCCAAAUUUAUUCAUUUUCAAAUAUAUUCAAAGCGAACGAUGGUCUUGUCUUUCACUUUAUGAUGUAUCUAACUAAUUUUAUAAUUACUUGGUUGUCUUUUAAUGCCCAUAGCCCAAUUCAUUGAAUUUUUGUACUUUCAUGAUAUGUUUGACUUGCCAUUUAUAUCAUAUCUGAUAUUUAAUAAAAUUCAAUAAAAAUUACACAAUUUGCA